AUGCCACCGGCUCCACCACCGUUGCCGACGCGGUUUCCAUGCUGGUGUCGAGCUGUUUACUCUUGGGGAGGAGAGUCAAAACGCGAUCUGGGAUUCAUCGAGGGUGAUCUGAUAGAAUGCUUGAAUGCUGGUGACGGUUCAUGGUGGGUGGGCAGAUUAUAUCGAGAUCGAAGAACCGUCGGAUCGUUCCCAUCCAACUUUGUCGAACUUCUCCCUUCCGAAUUCAGGCCAACCACCAAGUCUGUCCCCUCGCCAGCAAGCACAACCCCAAGCAACGCGCCCACCAAGUCGAGGACGUUUCGAAAGCCAUUCGAGGCAUACGCCAAGGCUCCUCACUACACCAGCGCGAAGCAGCCCGAGGUCUUCAAAGAGACUCCCAAACCACGAGUCCGACAAGAUUCAGGUGCUUCCUUCGCACCCAGCACACACGAGGUUGAGAGUGGACCAUCGCCUGUUCUUCCUCCUCAAGGUUACCAUUCACGAGGACCAUCGCCUGCCCCCCCUCAUGGAUACGAUCAGAGGGCUCCAUCGCCUGCUCCUCCCCGAGCUCCGUCUCCAAAUCCAAUGCACGGCUACCACUCAAGAGGCCCUUCACCUGCGCCUCCUCAUGGCUAUGGCGCAAGAGGUCCCUCUCCUGCUCCUCCAAUGCAUCAUAGCCAUGGCUACGGUAGCUCCAGAGGUCCAUCGCCCGUCCCAUCCUUCCAUCGAAUUUCCAGCUACCAAAGCCAAGGACGGGAUAACUCUCCGCCCCCUCCAGCGCCGCCUCCUCAUAGGCAAAUGACACGGGCUGGUUCGAAGGAUCUUCAGAGGACUUCUCUUGAAAUGUCACGACAUGGAUCCAAUGCCUCAUAUAACCACUUUGCUGGUUCAAGGCAAAAUUCGAAUAAUUCCUACAGACCACCACCUCCCAACAUGAGCCAUAGGUCGCGGAAUUCUUUUGACGACAGAUCCUAUAGGGCGUACACACCUGGCGCUAUGUCUCCCGCUCCGCCAUCGCCUGCUGGGGGAAUGACCCCUUCACCCCUCAGAGAGGCUAUGGAUGGAGUAAUAGAGCAAUUGGGAGUCCUUGAAGGUAACUCGAGGAGGCCUGGAGAUCGCGGCUCCCCAGAGCCAAACCACGACCCCUGGUCCCCAGAACAAUUCGACAUGGUUUCAACCCAGCGUUCUAGCAGGAAGACGCAAGAACGGUCCAGACCUAGAACAUCAAUGGGCAUAGCGCAGCAGGACGAAGGUUAUGAAACCUGGAGCGGCGAAUCUUCACAGGAGGUGUCCUAUCAGAGCGGCUCCCGUGACGAGAAACUCAGCAGCUACGUCGAGCGCAUGGAGAAGCAGUUUCAACAGUUGCACCGGCAAAGUUCGAGAGUAGAGGACGAUAUCGACGACCUUCCGCCUCCCCCGCCCCCUAAGAAUGUGCCAUUCGAGCGGCCCAAGUCGUCAAUGGGACGGUCUGCUGAUCCACCUCGAAAGUUGAGAGCUCGCAAGUCAGCUUAUGAGAUAGGUCGAGGCGUUGCCCGUACCCUAACAACCAAGACCAACUCGACCAACGCCUCCUCCGGAAACCAGAGCAAUAGCAGUUCUUCGACCCAAAGCAGUUCCAGAACUCUGUGGAGUGGAACCUCAGCAGGCGCCUUCAGCUCAACCAGCGCGGGAAGUCUUGCUAGGUCCGGGAACCGUGCUCAGAGUGCUCUAGGAUUGAGAGAGCCGGACAAUGAUAGACCCGACUCACCCUUUACUGGAGUCUCUUACCACAGCAGUCACGCCAGUAACGCCCCUGCUCAGCAACUGCAGCGGCCGCAGACUCAGGUUGGCUUCCAUGACGAUCCUGCCUUGGGACUUGGAGGACUUGUCCAGCCGAAACCUCCCAAGAGGAAUAUCUUCCGCAAGAUUUUGGAUACUGCAAAGACAGGUGUCGCCAGCAGCCGAGGUGGGCUUGUGUCAGGUGGAAUGGGCAUCGACUCUCCCAAGUCAUCACCCUUUGCCCGUUCGAUGCCACCGGGAUCCUCUCCUAUGGGUGGUUUGGGGAGCACGCCCUCUAGCAGAGACAUUGCAACUGAAAUGGGCUUGUCUGGUGGUGUUGAUUGGGUCCAGGUCCGUCGUGAUGUGAACCGUUCGAACUCGCUCAGCACAAUAGAGUUGACUGAGCGUCGAGAACGAUGCCAAAUGAUGGACCACCCGGCUCUAAAUCCUGUCGAUGAGCUCUACGAGAGUGUCGAGGGAGACGAAGGCGUAGAUGGAGAGCCGGUGCCCGAGCCCAUCAAUUAUGCAGCCAUCAACCUAUCCCAGGUCGACAAGAACUCUCGCUUCAUUAGCGGUCUCCCUCCUGCUAUCACAGCUACCCAAUUGGCUACCACGUAUGUCUGCCGCCCGUAUCGAAGCGACGUACAGCGCCUACGGGCCAUCUUCACAUGGGUAUCUGAAAGGAUCUGCUGGGAGGAAGAUUUCGAAGGAGAAAUCGAUACACGACGGGUGAUCCAAGCCAAGAGAGGGUGUGCUGAGGAGUAUGCUGUUUUGGUUAUGGAAAUGUGUUCUGCCGUGGGCAUUCACUGUGAGGUCGUGCGAGGCUAUCUCAAGACUCCUGGAGAGGUGUCUGAGAUCAACAUUAUGCCUCGGCCUAACCAUUGGUGGAACGCUGUCAUGGUGGACAACGAAUGGCGUAUGAUCGAUUGCUGUGUUGCCAGCCCUUCAUAUCCUCGACGAGGUCUCUACUCGAGCGCCAGUAACAGUUCAGCCGACUCUUGGUGGUUCCUUUCUCGGCCACUGGAGAUUUGCUGGACUCACAUUCCUGAGCAUCACAGCCAGCAGCACAUCGUUCCCCCGGUUGCGCAUGAGACGCUUCUCAACUUGCCAUGCGCCUGCGCGCCCUUCUUCCGCAACGAGAUUGAAAUGGUCGACUAUAACACAGCUCUGACCCGAAUCGAGGAUUUGGAAAUGGUGCAUAUCAAGUUCAACGUCCCAUCCGAUGUCGAAGUCGCAGCUGAGGUGGAGGUUCGAGGUUACUCGCGAGACUCUGAUGGAGAUGUGUUUGAGAGCGGCGACAUUGUCAAGAAGAGGGCUCUGGCUCAAGCAGAGUGGUUCAACGGAAUCAAGCGAUACACCAUCAAGGCCCUGCUGCCAGGAGACGAGGGACAGGGCACUCUGAAGGUCUACGCGGGCAAGCGAGGAUUGAUGCACAGCAUCAAGGACAUCCCACAUCCGAUGGCGUUCGCGUUGCCCAUCGUUCACACGGGUGAAAACCCGCCUUACGAGUUUGUCACGAGGCAUCCUACUCCUCAUGCGCAACGACACGACAUCUACGUGGUUCAGCCACAAUGUCAACGACUGGCACUGAACAACACGUUUGUCUUUGCCAUCAGACAACAUCCAAGCUCGCUAUCGAAUGGAUCUGCCUUGACGCCCUCAUCAAACCCAGGAGGCACAAGCCCUGUUCCAUUUGCCCGACCUGGUUCCGCGCUGAGCAUCAACGCCUCGAGUGCUAGUGGCUCGACCCCAAGCUCAGCUACGGGAACUGUGGCUGGGAAGAAGCCUGCCAAGCUCGCGAUUCAGACGCCCGGAGGAAAGAUCCUGCGCCUUAUGAGAAAGGAGGAUCGCAGGGGCAUUCAUGUUGGAAGCGGAAGUCUCUCGGGUGGAGGAGCCGCUAGCGACGGCGGCACCUGGGAGACAAUCAUCAAGUGUUCAGAGAAGGGUGGCCAGCAGGGCCAGCAGCAGCCGCUGCCGACACCGGGCAUGAAUUCAUCUCCGUCAUACGUCGGCGGCGGCGGCGGCGGAUAUCAACAGUUUUCGAGUCCACAACAACAACAGCAGUUCUACUCGAUGCCUCAGCAACAACAGCAGGGGCAGCAGCCAUAUAUGCCGACACAUGCUCAGCAGCAGAUGGCGCAGUUUGGGGGGAUGCCAACGACGGCGUAUCAGGGAUAUGAGACCAACAACCAGGCGUUUGGAGGACAUCAGAUGCAAGCAGCUGCUGCGCAGUAUGUUCCGCCGCCUAAUGUGUGGCAACAACAGCAGCAACAGUCGCCUGGGGGUCAGGGCAUGAUGUUUCAGCAGCAAUUUCAGCAGCCGCAUCAUCAGCAGAUGUAUCAGCGGCCCGUCGCCUCGCCGCAGCAACAGCAGCGCUUUCAGCAGCAGAGUCAGGUUCCUUCACCGCGACAAAGGACACCAUCGAUUCCCCAGAGCCAAGGAUAUCGAUUGCCGCAGCCCCAACAGCAGACCCAGCAGUACUCGCAGCAACAGCAACAGCGCCAGCAAUAUCAGCACCAACAGCAGCAGCAGCAGCAGCAGCAGCAGCGACAGACCCAUGUCCAGCAGCAUCAAUCUCAAAUACCCGUCUCCCAGCCGUCACCGCAACCUGUUCAUAAGCAAUCUCAGCCACAAAUACAGCAGCAGCAGCGGCAGCAACCCGUCCAACCGCCACCACCCCAGUCCUUUCAGCAGCAGCCACAACAAACCACCCAGCGACCUGUCCAAGAUGCAGCUCCUGAGCCUACUCCCGAGCCUGUGCAGCAUCACCAACCUCCCCAACCUGAACCACAGCAAAUGCACUAUGUGAAUUUGCAGGAUAUUCAACAACUACCACCCCUCCCUCCAGUCACGAUGGGAAACCUACAGAGCUCUUCAAGACAUGAGCCCCCCAAAGCUCAACCGCCGCAACAAGACACUAUAACUGUGACACCCAUGGAUAUUAUGCUGGGAAGUCCACAAUCUCAACAUCUCCCUCCGCCUCAACCACAACCUCAAACACAUCAACAAAGGCCCGGCGCUGCCACACCUCGAAUAAAACCCAGUCCUCUUUCAUCCGUUGGCAACUCCCCGGCUUUGACUGCACGCUCUCCGAGCCUCACCAAGAAGUCGCCGGCCACCACACCAAAGGCUCGGCCGCCGGAGACUGUUCACAUCAUGGUGGCGGUGGCCGAGGAGUGCUUCGACAAAGCUCGCGCUUCCGUCCACGAUGUCGCCAUGUCUCUGAAUGAUACCCACGUAGAGGAGUACCAGAAACUGAUAUCCACUGGUCUGGCAUGUUUGGAGGCAUCAUUACAGGGCGGUCGGCUCUCCCCUCGUCAAGAGGCGAGGAUGCGACUACGAUACGCUGCUGUACUACUAGAGGAGACGGAGAAUUUGAUGGAGGCUGAGACAGCGCUCGCCAAGGGUAUCUCACUGUGCGAAAAACACCGCAUGUCUGAUCUCAAGUAUUGCAUGCAGUAUAUCCAGUUGAAGCUAUUGUUCCAGCGAACCCAUAAGGCUGCCCUGACUGCCGUCGACCGCCAUAUCGCAGACUGCGAGACGUACAAACACGUACACUGGGCGUAUGCAUUCAGGCUGCUGAAGAAUUCGUUCUACAUGGAAGUUGGCCAGACCGCUGAUGCCAGCGCCCUCGAAAACAUCCGCUCCAUCCAAGUCCUGGCCAACUCGCGCGGCGACAAUGCCAUCAGCGCCUUCGCUUCACUCCUCGAAGGACUCACCCUCCUCAAGGCAUCCAAAGACGGCAACAUCGAAAAGGUGCAGCAGUGCAUCGCCCAGGCGGCCAAGUUUCAGUUUGAUCCGUCAGUUCACAUCAUGCAGCUCGACAUGCUCAUGCUGCUCCUCGAUCUCGCAUCGAGCAUCAAUCAUCAGAGCCCAGAUGUAACGACUCAGAAGAUGCGGGCGGUGCAGAAUCGACUGGACGAGUGCGGCGACUGGCAUAACGUGAAGUCGGACUUUCUCAUCCCUGUCAAGAAGCAGCCCUCGACGGCGCACACCAUCAGCAGCGAUACAGCCGCCAUUAUCCGUCAUGGAGAUGGAGAUGCUGGGCCUGUGGAUUACUUGGUGAUGUCGUUCAUGACCAAGAUUGAGCUGACUUCUCUUGUUUUCACCUUUAGCGGUUUGGCGAACCUGCACAAGACAUCUCAAUCCCAACAUGUCCGUCGACCCGCCUCCGAUUUCUGGCGAGAGGGCCUGAAGAUUCUCGAUUCUUGGGACAACACUACUGCCGGCAUUCGCUAUGGCCCUUCUGUUUCACUGCAGGAGGCCAUUCAACAACGCGAGUGGCGCAUGGAGGCUCAAGCGUACCUCAACAUCCUGCUCGGCCUGUUCACAGCCAGUCACUGCCAAUGGGACAAGGUGAAACAGUUCAUCGUUAAGCUCGAGACUCUCAUUACUCCAUCCACGCAGGGCAUCCUCAGGCUGCUAGCCAUCUAUCUAUCCGGUGUCUAUCACCAGGGUACAGGAGACCUCCAGACCGCCCUCGACAUAUUCCGAACCCCUUCGUUCGACAUUGCUCAGCGCGGAACCGGCGUCAAGGCGGGGCAUCGAGAGCUGGCCAUGCUUGCCGGCCUCAACAGGCUUUGGAUUAUGCAGCACCACUCGCAGCGGGAUGACCAAGAGACCCUUGACUUGAUGGAGCAGCUGCAGCCCCUUUGCUCGAGCCAUCACAAUGUCGAUCUGCGCACAGCUUGGCACAAUGUCAUGGCUGCCAUCACCACGGAUCCUCCACAGCAGCUCAACCAACAGAAGCAACACAUCCAAGCCGCCAUGGGCGGGUCCAAGUCCACUAACAAUGUGCUGGGCGCCGCCGUGACGCUUGCCAUUAUGCGAAACCGGCUGUUCGAGAACGUCAUUGGCGAACAGGCCCUCAAGAGCGCACUGGCGGCAGCCAAGCAGGCACAUCGCAGCGGCAAUGUCCUCUGGCAGAGUGUCGCAGACGGCAUGCUCGCGCAGUCGUACGAGGUUCAAGGCCAGCAUGAGGAAGCGGCUCGAGAAUGGGAAAAGGCGACGAUGGAAGCAGGGCAGGCAUUUUCAGGGCGUUGCUGAAUAGGGGGAGGGUAAGAAGAGGAGGUUCAAAAUCCGGCGUUGGAGCAUGGUAUUUGGCCGCAUUUUUUUUUUAAGAGAGGAAGGAAUUCAUUUUUGAUGAUUUGUAUACCAAUUCGGGGGAGGGGUCUUUUUAAGGAGGUCUGUACGAUACCUGACCAUGGACGUCCAUGGUCUCUUCCUUUGGUGGUUUAAGGGGUAAUUAGAUGCACGACGCGAGGUCGUUUGUUUGACCGUAACAACGGUCUGGUCAAUGGAGUCUACGACUCGGUCGAGUCUUUAAAGCUCAGAUGAGAGAAUAUUCUGCCAAAUAUGGUCCUUGUGAUGUUUGUCGAGAGGAGUUUGUUCACCGACGGAAUCCAGGAGGCGGCUGGAAGCCAGGGGGAGGCAUGAAGCCUGGAGGGGGAGCGCCAGGAGCGCCAGGAGCACCUUGUGGAGGAGGUUGAAAGCCGGGCGGAGGCGCGGCCGGGUAUCCUUGGGGCGCGGGGGAUCCUGAGGGAGGUCGGAAGCUGCCGGGGUGGAAGUCGGCCGGGUUGGUGAAUCCGGCUUGUGAUUGAGGCGGCCGAGCAGGUAGGCCAGACGGCGCUGGGGGUAGAGGCCCCGAGCCGCGAGGAGGUGCUCCCGGAGGCGGAGCAGCACCAGCGUUGUAUGGUGAUGGACCGCGCUGCGGAGGAGCGAAGCC